AUGCCGUCAUUCUUCAUACCAGCCCGCGACUCGCGGCAUAGAGCAGCAUGCCUCGCCCUCUACCGGGCCCUUCUUCGCCAGGUGCCACACGUAUCCCUCCCGGCUGACCUGACCUCACGUCCGGGAUGGAUCAAUCCCAUACGAUACCUCAUCCGCGCCGGCUUCCGCCGUAAUAAGACCGACACCUCCCCGCGCCUUGUCACGUCCGCCCUGCAGAGCGGCUACCGCUUCAUCACCCUGCUGACGCGGGCGCACGACCCAUCCUCGCCGCAGCACAGCGAGAUCGUGUCAUUUCUGCGCGACCGCCAAAGCAAGUUCCCGCCGCCGCGACCGAGCACCCUCGACGCCGAGCAGGAUGGCAAGAACAACACCAACAGCAGCGCGGCUCCGCGGCCGGCGGCGCCGGCGGCGGUGCCCCUCCUGACAAAGGUCAGCGCGCCGGGCGAGAAGCCGGUCUACAAGGCGACGGCGCGCCCCCGGCCGCUCCACGAGCUGUCGGGCGGCGUGCGCAAGGUGCCCGUGCUGGACGCGGCGACGGCGGGCCACACGUUCCUGCGCGUCGGCAAGCCCGAGUCGCUGUUCCUGGGCAGCUUCCUGCAGCGCAAGAGCGACGCGCGGCAGCGGCGCGUCACGCUCAUACAGGAGCUGCAGGACGAGUACGCGACGCAGGCGCAGGACGAGGACCGGUGGGAGGCGGAGCUCGUGCGGCUGGCGCGGGCUGAGGGGGUGGAGCUCCGUGGGUACGGCGACGAGGGCCGGGGGGACGUCAAGAGGCACCCGUACGAGCAGUCUAUUCACGUGGCUGUCAAGCAGGUCGGCGAGGCGCUUACGAAUGAGGUGGAGGAUAUGGCGGCGCGGACGAAGGCGAUGCUGGAUAUUGUGGAGGAGGAGAAGAAGCUUGCUGAGGUGGAGGCUAAGGACAGGGCGAGGAUGAAGAAGAGGGAGCGUGCGACUAGGAAGCGGGAGAGGAAGGAGGAAGCUGAGCGGGCGGAGCGCAAGCGUCUCUGGAAGGAGGCACGAGAGCGGGAGAUAUGA